GAUCGUCAUAGGGUAGUAGGCCCCCACGGACAUAUUAUAAAUAUAAAUACAAAAUGGAUUUUCUACAAGUCAACUACGAUAAGUACAAUAAAAUAUGGACGGGCCAGAAAAUGUCAUCACUCUACAAUAUGGAAGAUAAUUCGCUGGGUAGAAUUUUGUUCACUCAAAUGAAAAUGCAUCCGAGUAAGGUGAUACAGAUCGAUGACAUUGAUGGCAAGGUCUCCACCAAUCAGGAAAUGUUGUCAUUGGCCAUACGCUUUGCACUUUAUUUAAAAGGCCGCCGAAUGGCAAGUGAAGAUAUCAUUGGCAUUGCUGCACGUAACACCACCUAUUUGACUCCGGUGGUAUUGGGUUGUCUCUUCAACGGGACACCAUUUCAUGCCGUCAAUCCCAACUUUCAGGAAGCUUCCAUUGCCCACUGCUUUGCCAUAACUAAACCGCCAAUUAUCUUCUGUGAUGGCAGGGAUUAUAAAAAGAUACACACAACAACAAAAUCGUUUAAACCCGAAAUAUAUACCAUAAGUGAACAUGUCGAGGGUGUACCCACUGUAAUGGAUCUCUUCGUGCCGAACCAAAUGGAAUAUUUUUAUGCACCACAAAGUCCCACAAUGGGGGCUGAACAAACCGUUGCCAUUUUGUGCUCCUCCGGAACAACUGGUCUACCCAAGGCCGUUACAGUGGCCGGUCCCAAACUAUCACUUGAAUAUCCUUUAUUAAAUUCCGAUGAUGUCUUCUAUGCCGCCAGUGGCGUGGAUUGGAUGAGUGGCCUAUCUUGUCUGUUGUGGAAUUGCUAUACAGGCUGUACCCGUAUUCUGACUAGUAAACCCUUCUCUGCUUGCUAUUUUGUGGAGCUGGUUAAAAAAUACAAAAUAUCUUCGAUUUUCUUGGCACCCAUGCAUGUGGUGGCCCUAAAUGAAUGUCCCGAUUUCAGGGCAGAAAAUGUAUCAACCAUUCGUGCCGUCCAAGCUGGCGGUGGUUAUGUUUCAGAGGAAAAUUUUAGAAAAUUACAAAAAAUCAUACCUAAAGCGGUGAUUGGCUUCGGCUAUGGUCUCACCGAAGUUGGUGGCAUUGCUGGCAAAUAUGGUAUCGUACACGGCAAGGCAGUGGGAAAAAUAAUACCCAAUGUCCAGGUGCAAAUCGUCGAUGAUGACGGCAAACGUUUGGGACCCAAUGAAGUGGGCGAAGUGGUGGCCAAGGUACCCUGCCGUUGGGCCGGUUAUUAUGGCAAUCCCAUUGAAACUCAGCGUGUCAUGGACUCCUUGGGUUGGAUUCGAACCGGUGAUCUGGGUUAUGUUGACGAUGAGGGCUAUAUGUUCAUAGUGGAUCGCAAAAAAGAUAUUUUGAAAUAUCGCAGUCUUCACUAUUGGCCGGGUGAAAUUGAGAAUGCCAUACGGGAAUUGCCCGAGGUGGCGGAUUGUUGUGUGGUUGGCAUCUUCGAUGAUAGGGUCGGCGAUGUACCCGGUGCCCUGGUGAUCAGGAGGAAGGGCAGCAAAUUGACCGAACAACAAAUUAUCGAUCAUGUUAAGACGCGAUUGGUGGAACCCGAGAAGCAGCUGCAUAAUGGAGUAUAUUUCGUGGAUGAUCUGCCCCAAAACAGCAAUGGAAAGGUGGUGAAACGUGAAGUCAGAGAAAUAUUUAAAUCAUUAAUGGCUCAAAAUUUAGAUCGUUGAGCAAUUAAAAAAAAUUGUACUAUUUUAGUUAAGUAAAUUAUUUAAUUAUUUCAUAACAAAAAUAUAAAAAAUAAAAUUUAGAAAAAUUAAA